UCACUAAUCACCACACGUUAAACUUAUUAAUUCGUUACCCUGGACUGCCAAACGUUUUUCGAUAUCUUAAGUGUUGGGUUUGUGUACAGCAAAAGAACUGUUCAAACACAAUAUGCACAGACCAACAUUAAUGUGCUAUCUUUUGAUAGUUUCUGAUCAUUUUGGUCUUAUUUGCUUUUUUUGGUCUGUCUAAAUUUUUAUUAUUUAUUAAUUCGUUAAAUUGGCCUUCCAAACGUUUUUCGAUUACCUUCAGUGGUGGGUUUACAACAACGAAAGGACUACACUGAUACAAUAACGCACAGACCAAAAUUAACUUUCUGUCGUUUGGUCGUUUCUGAUCAUUUUGAUCAUUUCGCAUGUUUGAUCUGUCUAAAUAUUUAUUGCUUUUCAAUUCGUUACCUUGGUUGUCCAGACGCUUUUCGACAUCUUCAAUGGUGGGUUUGUGUUAAAAAAAAGGACUAUACUGACAAUACGCCCAGACCAAAAUUAACGUUCAAUCGUUUGGUCGUUUCUGUUCUGUAUAAAUUUUGAUUGCAUCCCAGUUGGUUAGUUUGGUCUGCUUGGCGCUUUUGGACAUCUUCAGUGAUGGGUUUACAACAGCAAAAGAACUAUACUGACACAAUAAUGCACACACCAAUAUUAACGUUUUAUUGUCUGGUCGUUUCUGAUCAUUUUGACUAUAUUCGCUUAUUUGUUCUUUCUCAAUUUUGAUUGCUUUGAUUCGUUACCUCGGCCUGCCAAACGUUUUUCGGUAUCUUCAGUGUUGGAUUUGAGUCAAUCUGACUUAACAUAUCAGUCCUGUUUAAUGAUUUUUCAUGAUCAAAGUGUUGGAGGAGAUCCAUCAAAGGGUUUUAGUUUCAAUAAAUCCACAAUUCGACGUGAAUGUUGUCGAGUUCAACUUCAAAACGUUUGAAUUUCGACCUUCGACAGCGAAUAGGACGGUGGUCGUCUUGUGCGACAUCCCUGGAAACUUGGUCGAGACGGAGACCGAAGAUGUAAGGCGACUAUCUAUUGAAGAGGAAGACGAUGCAGUAGUAGUGGAAGAAGAGCCUGUUGAGGAAAAAGAUGAGGGAACUGAACCCCCCUUGAUCCAAGCAGAAGAAUUGGAUGACACAGCCAUUGAAAAUCUAGAAGAUUCUGAAGUUAUGAGUGAUAUAGGAGAUAAACAAAAGUAUUACAAUGAUGAUGAAAGAGGAGACGAUGAAGGCGAUGAGGGCGAUCACAUUGGAGAAGAUUCUACCCAAACGGAAGACGAAUUAAAAAAGAAAGGAAAAAAGAAAAAGCUGACUAACCAGUUCAAUUUUAGUGACAGAGGUGCUCUAACUUACUCAGUUGUAGUAAGAGAUGGAAGUACACAGACAGUUCCACCCCCAACGGCAACAAUGAGUGGUCAGGUUACACAAUGGAGAAUAUUUGAUUACUAUCAAAAAGACUAUGAGAAUCUAAUAGCCCAAAAAGAAAAAGAUAGAAUGGUUAAAACAGUCGUGGGAAAGAAAGAUGAAGAUGCAAGAAAAACGGUGACCCUUUCAUCUGAUGAAUCAUACAACUAUAGGUUGUCGCAGGCGACAAAGAUUAUGGAACGGAUGGUUAAUCAAAAUACGUUUGAAGAAAUCGCCUUUGAUUGUCAGUUCUAUGAUGACCCUGCUGAUAAAUAUAGGCAAAACGAAGGUGGAGUACUUCCACUCUGGGAAUUCAAGCAUGAUGAAUCCAAAGGAUUGACUGUUACAGACCUUACAUGGAAUUCAAAAUAUUAUGAUAUGUUUGGAGUAUCUUUUGGCUCAUUUACGUAUAAGAAUAAAUUGAAAAAAGGAGUAGUAUGCGUGUACACUCUAAAAAAUCCCGCAUAUCCAGAAAAAAUCAUCCGCUUUCGAAGUGGAGCAAUGUGCAUUGACUUUCAUAAUACAAGACCGUAUUAUCUUGCUAUUGGGCUUUAUGAUGGUUCUUUAUGUGUCUUCAAUGUUAAAGAGGGAGAUAAUCAUCCUCUUCUUUAUAGCAAUGUGUGGAAAAAACAUUCAGGAUCAGUUUGGGAAGUUCACUGGUGUGAUGAUCCUCGAGACACACAAUUAUGUUUUUAUUCAGUAGGUUCAGAUGGUAAAAUUUGUAAAUGGUUAGUACUUCCAAAUGAAUUGGCCCAAACGCCAGUCAUCACUCUUUAUUUGGACAUAGAAAAAAUUGAUGGUCCUGAUGGAAUAUCAUUUUCUCUAACUGCUUCACCUAAAUGUGUAGCAUUCGAUCCUGAAAACUAUGAGAUAUUCUUAGUCGGCACAGCUGAAGGAAAUAUUUAUAAAUGCAGUGUCUCAUAUGCAUCAUCAUAUUUGCAUCUUUAUUAUGCCCAUGACAUGCCAGUCAACAGGAUCAGUUACAACAAUUAUCUAUGUGACAUAUUCGCUUCUUGUAGUGAUGACUGGCGUGUUAAAAUAUGGGAAGAUAAACGAAGUGAACCGCUUUUUGUUUUUGAUCUAGAAUGUGUUGUUGGUGAUAUACAGUGGGCACCAUAUUCCAGUACCGUUUUUGCUGCUGUUACAUCCGAUGGGAAUAUUCAUAUUUACGACCUUAAUAUUAACAAGCAUGAUGCAAUAUGUGUACAGACAAUUUUUGCUUUUGAGCAGUCGAUAGCUACUAGACUUCGUUUUAAUAAUAAAAUACCAAUUAUCUUAGCAGGAGAUAGCAAAGGGCAUGUCAUAUCUGUCAAAGUUUCACCAAACUGCCGCCUUCCAACAAAGGCCCCCAAAAAAAUGGGCGCUAUUGAACCAGGUCAAUUAGAAGUGAUGAAGCUCGAAAAGGUUUUAGCCUUUGUCAGAGAACCUGCUGUCAAUGGGGAUAUUAUCAACGAAGGAAAUGAGCUAAGAGGGUCGAGGAAAGACAUAUAAAAAUUUGAA